AUGGGAUUCGAUCACCAAGAUCUAGAGUACUCUUUGUAUCGAAACAGCUUGACCAACGAUGAUCAUUACGUCGACAAGGCAAAGCUUUCAGCUCCUAUUAAGUCUACAGCUGAUAAGUUCCAGCUCGUUCCUGAGUUCUUGAAGGUAAGAGGACUUGUGAAGCAACACCUGGAUUCAUUCAAUUACUUCAUCAAUGUCGGGAUCAAAAAGAUUGUUCGUGCAAAUGCUCGUAUCCAAUCCACUCUGGACCCAAAGAUUUACCUAAAGUUCAGGGAUGUCAGAGUUGGUGAACCCUGUAUUAUAAACAUUGGUAUGGUCGAGAAAACCAAUCCACACAUGUGCCGAUUAGCAGACAUGACAUAUGCUGCUCCAAUCUAUGUCGAUAUUGAAUAUGUUCAUGGAAGUCAUGGACAGACGACAAUAAGUGCAAAGGAUAAUUUUAUUAUCGGAAGGAUGCCUAUUAUGUUGCGGAGUUGCCGCUGUGUAUUACAUGGAAAAGAUGAAGAGGAGCUUGCAAGAUUGGGUGAGUGCCCACUUGAUCCUGGAGGAUAUUUUGUCAUCAAAGGAACUGAGAAGGUCUUGUUGAUACAAGAACAACUUUCAAAGAACAGAAUCAUUAUUGAUUGUGAUAAAAAGGGGAACAUUAAUGCAUCUGUCACAAGCAGCACUGAAAUGACGAAAAGCAAAACAGUUAUUCAGAUGGAUAAGGAGAAGAUAUAUUUAUUUCUACAUCAAUUUGUAAAAAAGAUUCCAAUUAUAAUCGUCCUAAAAGCUAUGGGAAUGGAGAGUGACCAAGAGAUCGUACAAAUGGUUGGAAGGGAUCCCCGUUUUAGCGCAUCACUACUACCUUCUAUGGAGGCAAGUACUAUACCCACUUGCUUUUUCUUCCAUGAGUGUAUUAGUGAAGGCGUGUCUACACGACAACAAGCACUAGACUAUCUUGAGGCAAAGGUGAAGAAAUCAUCGUAUGGACCUCCUGAAAAGGAUGGCAAAGCUCUAUACAUUCUCAGAGCUUUAUUGCUUGCACACGUACCUAUGCGUGACAACAAUUAUCGCCAAAAAUGUUUCUAUGUUGGGGUGAUGUUGAGACGUAUGAUUGAAGCAAUGUUAAACAAGGAUGCUAUGGAUGACAAGGAUUAUGUUGGUAACAAGCGGUUGGAGUUAUCUGGACAACUGAUAUCCCUUCUCUUUGAGGAUUUGUUCAAAACAAUGACCACUGAGGCCAUUAAAAAAGUAGAUGGUAUCCUUCAAAAACCUACCCGGGCAAGCCGUUUUGAUUUUUCACAAUGUCUUACUGGAGAGAAGAAUCAUAAUAUUUCUUUUGGUCUAGAAAGAACCCUUUCAACGGGAAACUUCGAUAUUAAAAGGUUCAGAAUGCAUAGGAAAGGCAUGACACAGGUUUUAACAAGGUUAUCUUUCAUUGGGAGCAUGGGGUUUAUCACGAAAAUUUCGCCUCAAUUCGAAAAGUCUAGAAAAGUUAGUGGGCCUAGAUCUUUGCAACCGAGCCAGUGGGGCAUGCUCUGCCCAUGUGAUACCCCAGAAGGCGAAGCUUGUGGUCUUGUCAAGAACUUGGCGUUAAUGACUCAUGUGACAACGGAUAUAGAGGAAGGCCCGUUGGUUGCUAUGUGCUACAAUUUGGGUGUCACAGAUCUGGAAGUAUUAUCAGCAGAGGAGCUGCAUACUCCAGACUCAUUUUUGGUCAUAUUCAAUGGGCUUAUAAUUGGCAAACAUAGAAGGCCACAGUACUUCGCCAAUUCUCUUAGAAGGCUGCGUAGAGCUGGGAAAAUUGGGGAGUUCGUCAGUGUGUUCAUAAAUGAAAAGCAGCAUUGUGUUUACGUUGCUUCUGAUGGUGGGCGGGUGUGUCGUCCACUUGUUAUAGCCGAUAAUGGCGACUCAAGAGUUAAACAACACCACAUGAAGGAACUACAGGAUGGUGUUCGCACUUUUGACGACUUUAUUCGUGAAGGUUUGAUCGAGUAUCUCGAUGUCAAUGAGGAAAACAAUGCAUUGAUUGCUUUAUACGAAGGUGACCCCAAGGAAAUGAAAGGCAUAACCCACAUUGAAAUUGAACCUUUCACCAUCUUAGGUGUUGUUGCUGGGCUUAUCCCUUACCCUCACCAUAAUCAGUCACCUAGAAACACGUAUCAGUGUGCUAUGGGAAAACAAGCUAUGGGAAAUAUUGCUUACAACCAGUUAAACCGGAUGGACUCAUUACUUUACCUAUUGGUGUAUCCUCAACGGCCUCUGUUGACAACAAGGACCAUUGAAUUGGUUGGAUACGAUAAACUUGGAGCAGGUCAAAAUGCAACAGUUGCUGUUAUGAGUAAUACUGGAUACGACAUUGAGGAUGCAAUAGUGAUGAACAAAUCUUCCUUGGAUCGUGGUUUUUUCCGCUGCAUUGUUAUGAAAAAACUUGUCGCUACUUGCCAGAAGUAUGCUAACGAUGCAGCAGACAGGAUACUGAGGCCAGAAAGAAAAGGUGCGGACGCGGAAAAGAUGCAGAUACUGGAUGAUGAUGGAAUUGCAUCUCCAGGGGAAAUUAUUAGACCUAAUGAUGUCUAUAUAAAUAAGCAAAUCCCUGUGGACACAAGAAAUAACAUUACAUCUCAGCAAUCGGAUAGUCAAUAUCGUCCGGCCAGGGAGUAUUUCAAAGGUCCUGACGGGGAAACGCAAGUGGUCGGUAGAGUUGCUCUAUGUUCUGACAAGAACAGUAAUUUAUGCAUAAAAUAUAACAUCCGGCAUACUCGUCGGCCAGAGCUUGGAGACAAGUUCAGCAGUAGGCAUGGGCAGAAAGGUGUGUGUGGUACAAUCGUCCAGCAGGAAGAUUUUCCAUUUUCUGAGCGUGGAAUUUGCCCUGAUUUGAUCAUGAAUCCUCAUGGGUUUCCAAGUCGUAUGACAGUAGGUAAGAUGAUAGAGCUCCUUGGAAGUAAGGCUGGGGUGUCUUCAGGUAGAUUUCAUUAUGGUAGUGCUUUUGGAGAAGAAAGUGGUCAUGCUGACAAGGUUGAAGAGAUUAGUAAUACCCUUGUGAAGCAUGGAUUUUCCUAUAGUGGGAAGGACAUGUUAUACUCAGGUCUCAGUGGUGAACCAUUACAGACAUACGUCUUUAUGGGGCCAAUAUAUUACCAGAAAUUGAAACAUAUGGUCCUGGACAAAAUGCAUGCACGAGGAAGUGGACCCCGUGUGAUGAUGACAAGACAGCCAACUGAAGGGAAAUCUAAAAAUGGAGCCAUGAGUUGUUGUUUUCUCAAUUGCAUCUCUAAUGCUGUCACAGGUUUACGAGUGGGAGAGAUGGAACGAGAUUGCCUUAUUGCUUAUGGAGCUAGCAUGUUGAUCUAUGAGCGGCUCAUGCUUUCUAGUGAUCCUUUUGAAGUUCAGGUUUGCAGAGCUUGCGGUUUAUUGGGAUAUUACGACUACAAGCUGAAGAAAGCAGUUUGUUCAACAUGUAAGAAUGGUGAUAGCAUUGCUACUAUGAAGCUCCCUUACGCAUGCAAGCUCCUCUUCCAGGAACUCCAGUCGAUGAAUGUUGUUCCCCGUCUGAAACUCGUGGAGUCUUGA